UCCUCCCCUGCUUUCUCUCCCUCUCUCUGUCUCACACAUUCUCUCGCUUGCCCUGCAAGGCUGAAGGCUCGGCAGCAGGAUGUCCAUAUUAAACAUUAUUGCCAGGGAGAUCCUUGACUCCAGGGGAAACCCCACAGUUGAGGUGGACCUCCAGACCGAUAAAGGUCUGUUCAGAGCGGCUGUGCCCAGCGGAGCAUCUACUGGAAUCUACGAGGCUUUGGAGCUGAGAGAUGGGGAUAAAAAUCGCUACAAAGGAAAAGGCGUGCUCAAGGCUGUGGCCCAUAUCAACGACACCAUCCGCCAUGCCCUCAUGGACUCUGGCAUCCCUGUUGAUGAGCAGGAGAAACUGGAUAACCUGAUGCUCGAGAUGGACGGUACCGAGAACAAGUCUCGGUUUGGUGCCAAUGCUAUCCUGGGUGUCUCCCUGGCUAUAUGCAAGGCUGGUGCAGCGGAGAAAGGUGUCCCCCUGUACCGCCAUAUCGCUGACCUUGCGGGAAACACGGAGCUGGUGCUUCCUGUUCCCGCUUUCAACGUGAUCAACGGCGGGUCGCACGCCGGGAACAAGCUGGCCAUGCAGGAGUUCAUGGUUCUGCCCGUGGGGGCCGAGUCGUUUCGGGAGGCCCUGCGCGUGGGCUCCGAGCUCUACCACACCCUCAGGGGCGUGAUCCGCGACAAGUACGGCCAGGACGCCACCAACGUGGGUGACGAGGGCGGCUUCGCCCCCAACAUCCUGGAGAACAGCGAAGCCCUGGAGCUGCUGAAGACGGCCAUAGAGAAGGCGGGCUUCACAGACAAAGUGGUGAUCGGCAUGGAUGUGGCAGCCUCUGAAUUCUACCGCAACGGGAAGUACGACCUGGACUUCAAGUCCCCUCCCGACCCCAGCAGGCACAUCAGCGCCGACGAGCUGUGUGAGAUUUAUCAGAGCUUCGUCAACAACUACCCAGUUGUGUCCAUAGAGGACCCCUUCGACCAGGACGACUGGGCGGCGUGGUCACAGCUGACCGCCUCUAUGGGGAUCCAGGUGGUGGGCGACGACCUGACGGUGACCAACCCCCGGCGGAUCGAGAAGGCGGCCGAGGAGAGGGCCUGCAACUGCCUGCUGCUCAAAGUCAACCAGAUCGGCUCUGUCACCGAAGCCAUACAGGCGUGUAAGCUGGCCCAGGCAAAUGGCUGGGGAGUCAUGGUCAGCCAUCGGUCUGGGGAGACUGAAGACACCUUCAUCGCUGACCUGGUGGUGGGGCUUUGCACUGGACAGAUUAAGACUGGAGCUCCUUGUCGAUCAGAACGUCUGGCCAAAUACAACCAGCUGAUGAGGAUUGAGGAGGAGCUGGGCGAUCAAGCUCGUUUCGCCGGACACAACUUCCGAAAUCCCAGCGCCCUGUGAGACUCGUGUGGACAAAGAGACGCACAGACACACUGAAUCACUUUGACUCUCAUGAAGACGGACAGACAGACAGACAGACUCACAGACAGACAGACAGAUGGGCACAAAGGGAGAAACACGGGAUGUAUCGUUGAUAUGCAGCCAGACGUACAGGGACUGACACACACUGACUCAAUGAAUGGCACAUUGAGGAAAUAAUAACUGCCACACACAGAAUUGUCAAAUGCACUAACCGACUUGUGUUGCAUGGUUGAUGGACACUCAUAAAACUGACCGCUUCACUAAAAAAGGAAAAAAAAAAAAAAA